AUGUUCAAGCAAGAGCUGAAGGACAUAGCGUCCCGACUGCCGAAGCACAAGCUGAGAUUUCUUAGUGAGGGCUUCCUCGAGAAAACCUUCGCUUUCGUCGUAUUCUCCGUCUGUGGCAUCGGGAUGCUCUAUCAGGUGACCUUCACAAUCAAAAACUACCUCGACUACCCAUCCGUUGUGUCCUCUAUCAUCGAGAAGGAUGCGGCAGAUUUCCCAGCGGUCACUGUUUGUCCGGAGAGCUGGUUCAACCUGAGCCAAGUCUGCCGAUACUUCCCCAAAAAUUGCUCGAGGAAGGACGUGAUGCAUCGGUAUUCGAUUCCGAAAGCUUCCGUAUAUGCUGCGUGGAGGUAUUUCGGUCAACCGAACAUCAAAAAACUGUUCGAUUGCCGGAUGGCCAGUCAGGCCGAAGGCUGCGACCCCUUCGAUUGUGAAUCUUUGUAA